ACUGCAGCUACUACGACAACUGCAGCACCUACGACAACUGGAGCACCUACAACGACAACUUCAGCACCUACGACAACUGGAGCAACUACUACGACAACUGCAGCACCUACUACGACCACUGCAGCGCCUACUAUGACAACUGUAGCUCCCACAACAACUACUUCUGCAGUUCCUAUGACAACUGCAGCUACUACGACAACUGCAGCACCUACGACAACUGCAGCACCUACAACGACCACUGCAGCGCCUACUACGACAGCUGUAGCUCCCACAACAACUACUCCUGCAGUUCCUAUGACAACUGCAACUACUACGACAACUGCAGCACCUACGACAACUGCAGCACCUACAACGACCACUGCAGCGCCUACUACGACAACUGUAGCUCCCACAACAACUACUCCUGCAGUUCCUACGACAACUGCAGCUACUACUGCAACUGCAGCACCUACUACGACAACUGCAGCACCUACUACAACUGCAGCACACUGCAGCAGCCCUACUACGGCAACUGUAGCUCCCACAACAACUACUUCUGCAGUUCCUACGACAACUGCAGCUACUACGACAACUGCAGCACCUACGACAACUGGAGCACCUACUACGACAACUGCAGCACCUACUACGACCACUGCAGCACCUACUACGACAACUGUAGCUCCCACAACAACUACUCCUGCAGUUCCUUCGACAACUGCAGCUACUACGACAACUGCAGCACCUACUACGACAACUGCAGCACCUACUACGACAACUGCAACACCUACUACGACCACUGCAGCGCCUAGUACGACAACUACAACCACACCUUCCACUACAGCUACAACUGACGCUCCGACAACAACCACACCUACUACGACAGCUACAACUGAAGCUCCUACGACCACUACAACGACAACGGCAGCUUCUGCGACAACUGGAGCACCUACUACGACAACUGCAGCACCUACUACGACCACUGCAGCGCCUACUACGACAACUGUAGCUCCCACAACAACUACUCCUGCAGUUCCUACGACAACUGCAGCUACUACGACAACUGCAGCACCUACGACAACUGGAGCACCUACGACAACUGGAGCACCUACUACGACAACUGCAGCACCAACUACGACCACUGCAGCGCCUACUACGACAACUGUAGCUCCCACAACAACUACUUCUGCAGUUCCUACUACGACAACUGUAGCUACUACGACAACUGCAGCACCUACGACAACUGGAGCACCUACUACGACAACUGCAGCACCUACGACAACUGGAGCACCUACUACGACAACUGCAGCACCUACUACGACAACUGCAGCACCAACUACGACCACUGCAGCGCCUACUACGACAACUGUAGCUCCCACAACAACUACUUCUGCAACAACAACCACACCUACUACGACAGCUACAACUGAAGCUCCUACGACCACUACAACGACAACUGAAGCUUCUGCGACAACUGGAGCACCUACUACGACAACUGCAGCACCUACUACGACCACUGCAGCGCCUACUACGACAACUGUAGCUCCCACAACAACUACUUCUGCAGUUCCUACGACAACUGCAGCUACUACGACAACUGCAGCACCUACGACAACUGGAGCACCUACGACAACUGGAGCACCUACUACGACAACUGCAGCACCAACUACGACCACUGCAGCGCCUACUACGACAACUGUAGCUCCCACAACAACUACUUCUGCAGUUCCCACGACAACUACAGCUACUACGACAACUGCAGCACCUACGACAACUGGAGCACCUACUACGACAACUGCAGCACCUACGACAACUGGAGCACCUACUACAACAACUGCAACACCUACUACGACCACUGCAGCGCCUAGUACGACAACUGUAGCUCCUAAAACAGCUACAACUGCAGCAACUACUACAACUGAAGCUACGACAACAACCACACCUUCCACUACAGCUACAACUGACGCUCCGACAACAACCACACCUACUACGACAGCUACAACUGAAGCUCCUACGACCACUACAACGACAACUGCAGCUUCUGCGACAACUGGAGCACCUACUACGACAACUCCUGCAGCUACUACGAUAACUGCAGCACCUACGACAACUGGAGCACCUACUACAACCACUGCAGCGCCUACUAUGACAACUGUAGCUCCCACAACAACUACUUCUGCAGUUCCUACGACAACUGCAGCUACUACGACAACUGCAGCACCUACGACAACUGGAGCACCUACAACGACAACUGCAGCACCUACGACAACUGGAGCAACUACUACGACAACUGCAGCACCUACUACGACCACUGCAGCGCCUAGUACGACAACUGUAGCUCCUAAAACAGCUACAACUGCAGCAACUACUACACCUGAAGCUACGACAACAACCACACCUUCCACUACAGCUACAACUGACGCUCCGACAACAACCACACCUACUACGACAGCUACAACUGAAGCUCCUACGACCACUACAACGACAACUGCAGCUUCUGCGACAACUGGAGCACCUACUACGACAACUGCAGCACCUACUACGACCACUGCAGCGCCUACUACGACAACUGUAGCUCCCACAACAACUACUUCUGCAGUUCCUAUGACAACUGCAGCUACUACGACAACUGCAGCACCUACGACAACUGGAGCACCUACUACGACAACUACAGCACCAACUACGACCACUGCAGCGCCUACUAUGACAACUGUAGCUCCCACAACAACUACUUCUGCAGUUCCUACG